AGUGGGCUGGCGGAGUCUGUGCACAGUGCAAUACACCAUGGCUACUGGGAAUGCACGUUGCCUUACCUAAUCAAUGUACACAACAAGACUUCGGAGGGCGUGUCGGGACGCAUUUUCUACUCAUCACUGGCAAUCGAAACACUAUCACCGCGCAGAUUUGAUGAGCGGCACCUAAGAGAUAAACUUCUGGACAUUCAACGACUGAGACUUGGGGAAUGAUCAGUUAGCCAAUGGAAGCAAACGAAAAAAAGGGAGGAAAGCAUUAGCGGGUUUGUGGGGGUAGACCGUUUCCUGUUUUCGCUGGAGUCCAGCCUUAAUAAUUUAUCACAUCUGGACUGUAAUAACAGCUUGCUGCGAGAGGUUGACAUGCAGACCUUUUUAAAAGGCAGGAGAGUGGGCUAUUGGCUCAGCGAAAAGAAGAUGAAGAAGCUGAAUUUUCUGGCCUUCGUGGACAUGUGCAGGAAACGAGGCAUAGAGAUGGUCCAGCUGGACCUCAGCCAGCCGCUGGAGGAGCAGGGUCCGCUGGACGCCGUCAUCCACAAGCUGACGGACCUCAUCCUGGAGGCGGACCAGAACGACACGCAGGCCCUGCUGCUGGUUCAGCGCGUGCAGGACUACAUUGAGGCUCACCCAGAGACCAUCGUGCUGGACCCCCUUCCUGCCAUCCGGACCCUCCUGGAUCGCUGCAAGUCCUACCAGCUGAUCCACAGGAUAGAGCGCUGCAUGCAAGACGACAGGAUCUGCUCCCCUCCCUUCAUGGUGCUGACCAGCGAGUACGGGCCCGACACCCUGGGGCAGCUCGAGAAGCACGGGAUCACUUUCCCCUUCAUUUGCAAAACCAGAGUAGCGCAUGGCACCAACUCCCAUGAGAUGGCGCUGAUCUUCAGUGAGGAGGACCUGAAAGACAUCAGGCCGCCGUGUGUGGUCCAGAGCUUCAUCAACCACAAUGCGAUGCUGUACAAGGUGUUCGUGGUGGGGGAGUCCUACACCGUGGUGGAGCGGCCCUCACUCAGGAACUUCCCCUCUGGACCAGCCGACAGAAGAGCAAUUUUCUUCAACAGCCACAAUGUCUCCAAGCCAGAGUGUUCCUCAGACCUGACCUCUAGGGCCAACAUGGAGGGGGUGUUCCAGCCACCAAGUGAUGACGUCAUCCGGGAACUCUCCAGGUCCUUGCGUCAGGCACUGGGCGUGUCCCUGUUCGGCAUCGAUGUCAUCAUAAGCAACCAGACAGGCCAGCACGCUGUCAUCGACAUCAAUGCAUUCCCCGGUUACGAGGGUGUCCCGGGCUUCUUCACUGACCUGCUUAACCACAUCACGAGCCUCCUGCAGGGUCCAGCGCCCGAGAGCGCCCCCUCUGGGCAGCAGAAGGAGGGCGUGGCGGGGCAGAACGCCCCAACCGCAGUGCACCUCGGCGGGGAUCGGGUCUGCCCCGGAAUUCUGGGAAAAGAGGGCGGGGCCUGGACGGUGGAAGGGGAGGAUGGCAAAAAGGCGCACCACCAGAGGCGCAGCUGCAACACCGCCAUGUCGCCCAACUUCCAGCAGCACUGCGUGUGUCCGAUCGCCACCAAGGCCUCCUCGCAGUGACAUCUCGCGGACCACGCUGCCCCUCUCUGUGACCCCCCCCGACCAAGAAAAGCUAAUAAUAUAUUCACAAUCAGAAUCGAACUUUCCAAUGAUGAUGGUGGUGAUCAAAAUGAGAACGAAGAAGAUGAGAUUAUGGAUUUUAUUCCCGUGUGGUUUUUUUGUGUUUCCUCUGACUCGGCAGACUUUGGGAAUUUGAUUUAAGCUAUGCUUUCUCAUGGCUGUUUUAAUUUUUUUCCUUUUUUUGAGUAACUGAAUCAAGCAAAUGAGGGAAAUGGAUUUAUAUGAGGGGCAGGCUGAGGGAGCAGAAACACCAGGGAGGAGCAUUGCAGUCCAGCGAACCCCCCCGCCAUGUGUGUGC